GGCCGUGGAGCGAGUUACUGCCGUCCCCCGGAGCCGCACCGCAGUCCGCACCGCCGCGCCUACCAUUGACCACCCACUGCGACUCGGAGACGACGGUGCAUACGGAGCAGCGGGCAUCGGGUUGGCGCACUUUCACCUAUCACCCACCCCACCACCACCUUCAUAUAUACCACAACCGUCCGCCAUGGCCUCACCAGCCGCCCUCCGGCCCUCCAUGGGCGCCAUUAUGCAGACCUGCCGCUCGGCCGCAACAGCACCCAAGGUCGCCGUCGCCGUCCCGGUCAGGGCACUUUCGACCUCGGCUGCCCUCCUCAAGCGCCACAAAUACCCGACCGCCCGCGUGACCCGCGAUAACUCCAAGCAGCGUGGCGAGUCUGCGCUACGCAAGUCCGGCACGCGCUGGAAGCUCUCUGUCUCCGACGAACCCCUCCCCGAGCCUGUCCCGCGCGAGGAGCUGCCCCCGAUCCAAGUCGACGAGAACCACGGCCUGUGGGACUUCUUUUACGACCGUGAGACCGUCGCCAUGGCACCCCUCGAGCACACCAAGCACGGCCGCGCCUGGACCGUUUCCGAGCUGCGCAAGAAGUCGUGGGACGACCUGCACCGGCUAUGGUGGGUCUGUGUCAAGGAGCGCAACCGCAUUGCGACGGCGAACUGGGAGCGCACAAAGAGCGAAUUGGGUUUCGGUCUUGCUGAGGCCAAUGAGCGUGACCGCAAUGUCAAGCAAACGAUGCGCGGAAUCAAGCAUGUGCUCACCGAGCGCUUCUAUGCUUGGGAGGAUGCAGUCAAGCUGGCCGAGCAGGACCCGGAGAUCGACCUGUCCAACCCCGAGAACCCCUACACGCCUAGCACAUUCCUCGAGGCGGAAGAGACGGCGGAGGGCGCCGAGGCCAGCGAGACGCAAUCCACCACCACAGAAAUCGACCCAACAACGAUACCAUCAUCCAAGUCCCAAGCCGAAGCCCCCAGGGUAUGAAGAGAGGGAAGCGGUCCCAAAUGAACCAGACGGGCGAACGGUCGUGAAGGUACCCUUGCGGUAAGAGGACGAGGGGGGGAAAACAGUCACGAUACCCGUUUUCCCAAAACAAACCACCACACAUUUUUGCAACCUGUAUCGAUAGUGUAACGAGCAUCAUAUGUGUUCACUGUACAACAGCCAAAUUCAACCCGGACAGGCCCUGUUUCUAAAGAGGGAAGGACAUGGGCCUGGGAGAUUUUCAUGAAGAAGCCAACGAAGCAAAAACAAAAAGCCCCAUGGGGUUCAUGGGAAUGGGUGUCCCAUAUGGAUUAGGCGGUCCCUGGUGAAUAGUGAUGGGCCGAACAACCGAGAUCUGGGGUGCGUGAAUCUCUGUAUACCAACAUCUCGCUUAGGACAUGUCUAGAUUUCCACGGUAGCUGGGGAGAUCAUCAUCGGCGCCAACCUGGACAGGCGAGACCAUGGAGAGGUCAGGAGGAAGGGGCAUGGCGGGAUAGACGAGACAAAGCUCGUUUCCAAGUCCAAUUUUUAGAUACAAAAUGGCGAGUGGUAGUGUACAUAUAUCAGAAUGAUAUAUAUAUGGAUCUCUAUAUAUACAUAUCAAUCAUCGUUGCGGG